AUGAAUACAGAUGACUUGGACGAACCGAAUAUUCCCGGUGGUGGGCCUCAGGCUGAGGUUGAGUUCAUAUUCAGAGAUAGAGAUGAGUCAUUUGAAGGUAGCAGUGAGAGUGGUGGCCAGGCCUCUGAGGAGGGAUUACUUCCAAAUGGUGCCUCAGAUUUCAUUGACCGGUAUCCCAAAUCUUCUCGGACGUAUGGCAUGGGGUACACCUUCCUCGACUUAUUCAAUUCUGAUGAGAAUAGCGUGUACCGUGCCAAGAAUCCCUAUUACCCAUUCAGUGGCCAGAAGGAUUGGGAGAUUGCAUCGUGGUUACUGCGCUCAGGAUUGAGCAUGGGGAAGAUAGACAGUUUUUUAUCACUCGACAUAAUCAAGGGUCUUCCAAUAUCUUUUUCCUCGGCCAAGGAACUUGGUCCACGCUGGAUGUCCCAAGUGCUCUCUACGAGUCAUCCCACCAAAUCACCCAUUGUUUUGUACUGGCGUGAUCCCUUGGACUGUAUUUCAGCCAUUCUGAAUCAUCCCUUUUUUCACGAUCGGUUAGACUUCACACCUCGCAGGGUCUAUACUACUGCACAACAUUUGUGUCGUGUAUAUUCAGAAUGGAUGACAGGCGAUGACGCAUGGAAUAUGCAGUCUGCCCUACCCGAAGGCGCAACACUCCUUGGAACCAUUCUAUCAUCCGACAAAACAAAUAUAUCCACGAUGACGGGUGACAGAGUUGCGCACCCACUUCUCGUCAGCUUUGCGAAUAUCAACAUGUCCACACGACUCAAGACAUUGUCCAACUCCUUUGUACUCACCGCCUUGCUCCCUGUACCUAAAUUUAUACAUAAGAAUAAACGCAUGCGAGGUGUACUCAAGGAUCGCUUAAUUCAUGAAUGUUUAGAUAUCGCUGCAUGUGAAGGAGUCAUGUUAUCAGACCCUCUGGCUGUCGUUCAAACAAGGGCAGAUCCCAAUGACAUUGAAGCCUUCUUUCGCGAAGCGCAGAAAUUUCGCCUGAAUGGUGUCUCUAAACCUUUCUGGCAGGACUGGACCCUUGGUGAACCGUCUCAUUUCCUCACUCCAGAAUUUCUGCAUCUCAUUCACCGAGAAUUCUACGAUCAUGAUGUCAAGUGGAUGAUUUGUGCAGUUGGGGAUAUGGAAAUUGAUUUCCGGUUUUCUGUGUUGCAGCCCGUCACUGGCUUUCGUCAUUUUUACGGUGGUAUCUCCAAGCUAAAACAGUGUUCGAUUGUUGCAGUCACGGACGCAGCACCUAGUGCUGUGAUCACUGCUUCACCACGUAUUGAUGAAGACGACAUCAAGCACAUUUCUGGAGCCCUCGAUGAAUUUCACGCCAAUAAACAUGCUAUCACAGCUGGAGGAUUCCGUCGAGGCAACAAGAACAAAGUUAUCGAUAACUGGUACAUUCCCAAAUUGGAGCUCAUGCAGAGUAUAGUUCCCAGCAUCCGCAACACUGGUGUCGCCAUGCAAUGGACUGCAGACACAACAGAGCAUGCGCACAUUACAGAGAUUAAAGACCCUGCUCUUGUGGAUGGUAUGGCAAGCUCGAGGCUACAGGAUGACAAUAUUGGUGAUGAUGUUGACUUUGAUGCGGAUGAUGAUGAUGACCUCCCCAUGGAAUUUACGGCCACUAUAAAAUGUCCUGGACAUUUGUGCCCAAUCACCAAUUACUUUGCAAUUGCGAAGAUCCUCCAGCAUAAGGAGGUUGGGACUGUCCUUCUGCCAUUGUGUACAUUCGUCAUCGGACACACGGCCUAUCAUCUCACGUAUUCCCCAUCCAUCAGAUCCAUCUCCAUCAAUGAUGCUGCUAUCAAAUUCGGCCUUCCUGACUUACGGCUGGCCAUUGCUGAUUUUCUUCGUCGCGAAGCUACCCACGGACAGAAUUAUGUCCACACAAUUGGGGGAGCCAGGAGGGCUGGACCUACUGCUUCCCUGCCAUUUGAUAAAAUUCAAAUCUGGUUCAAACUUCGCCUACAGGACACAGAGUUUCACGACAGUAGCAUCAUACGGCCCGCGCAGACCCUGAAUUGUGUGCCGCCUUCUGAUGUCUGGAACUCUGGGUGCCUUUGGCCUGCUCAUGGUCUUUGUGGUCACACAAUUGGUCAAAUUAGACUUAUCAUGCGUCCAGUUGGAAGAAUCAACACGGAUUGGUCAUGGGAGGACCGUUUCCUUGUCCAUAUGUACCGGUUUGAUGGUACAAUGAGCGCUCGUGAUCCUGCCACACAGUUGCACUCGAUCAGAAGGGCGAAACAUUCCAACGGUACAUUAGUGGGCGAUAUUAUACCACUGACACAGAUCAAGGCUCCUGUUAAUCUCAUUCCUCACUUUGGAGCCAGUGCAGACAGCCGUUUUACCUCACAGAACAGCAUGGAGCACGCGUCAGAGUUUUGGGUAAAUAAAUUUUGGGACAAGAACACAUUCUUUCCGCUCUCUAUGUAG